AUUUAUUCACAUCAUAUACACCUACUCUCAACACUUGUGAUUCAUUCAAUAAAGCAAUUGAAAAAAGGAUAAACUUAACCGACAUUUUUUUCUCCUCACUGUCAACAAUUUAUCAAUUCAACUUAUUGCUUCAUUAUGGUUCUUCAGCCUGUUGUUUCACCAUCUAAUCAAAUGUUAUAUCAAUCAAAUAAUUUAUCAUCAAUGAUAAAUUAUGAGAAUAAUCUAUCAUUACAGACAAGUUUAUUGAAUGCAAUCGCUUUCGCUGAUCGUCAUCAUGAACAAUUACCAUUCAUAUUGACUAAUUUUCUUAAUCAACCCUAUUCAUCUCAAUUACAAGGUGAACAAACAUCAUCAUCAUCAUCAUCAUCAUCAUCAACAUCAACAUCAUUAUUUCAUAAUAUUUUAACCAAUCAUGAUAUUCAUAUGAAUAAUCCAAUUGAUAUUUCAAGCAAUAUAACUACCCCCAUAGUUACUAAUCCUUCAAAUAAUCUAUUAGAGAAUUCUAAUCUAUCCUUUCCUAAUUUUCUAUUGACAACAUCAUUAACAAAAGCAAUCAGUUCGAAUUUAGAUAGUUUAGGUGGACAAUUAUUACCAAUAUGUGCACCAUUAUUACAAUUAGCUAUACGUCAAGCUGUUAAUCAAUGUUUUCCAACUUCUGUCAAUUUACAUAUAAAAGGUCGAUUAGAUAUAUCAACUAAUAAUAAUCAUACUCAACAAAAUGAAUCUAAUCUAUCCAAUACUACUAACAGUAGUCAAUUAAUAGUAGUAGAUAAUGAUAUAAUAUCUACAUGUUAUAAACAAUUGAAUCCUAGUCAAUAUUAUCAUUCAUCAGAUAUUGUACACAUUGAACAACCAUAUAUAAACAAUUUAUCAAGCCCUUUAUUAUCGACAUCUUGUUUAACAAGUCCAUCAUCUGAUUCAGGUAUAUUAGAUUUAUCACGUAAUGGUUCAUUAGCUGGAUCUGCACCGAUUACUCCAAUGAAAGAUUUAAAUCUAUCUACCUUUAACAGUAAUAAUACUAAUAAUAGUAAUAAUAGUACAGUUAUAGACAAUAGUUAUGAAUUACAGUAUCCUACUUGUGAACAAGACAUAUUCGAAUCAUAUAAAAAACAAUUGGCUGCAUUUCAUCAAAUUCAAGCUGUUUGGAAAAUGUCAACCAGUUAUAAUAUUGGUGAUAAUAAUAAUAAUAAUAAUAAUAAUUAUACUACUGAUAAUCAUAAUAAUAAUACUCAUAAUGAUAUUAAUGAAUGUAAAUCGAAUCAAUCGGAGAUAAAUAAUUCGCAUAGUGGAAAAAUGAAUCGUCGUUCAAUACGUUCAAUAAUCAUAAAUCCUACAAAUCGAUUAACAGGAAUAACAAAUAUUCGAAGAACUAAUUCAAAUCGUCGUUUUCCAUGUAAUCAAUGUAAACAAGAAUUUCCAUCAUUACAUACAUUAGAACAACAUACAUUAUGUCAACAUGGUACAUAUCGUUGUCAUAUAUGUAAAGCACAAUUUACUCAACGAUCUAAUUUACAACGUCAUGCAUUAAAACAUGUUGGCUUUAAACCAUUUGAAUGUCGUGUCUGUUCUAAAGCAUAUUAUCGUAAAGAUCAUUUAAUGCGUCAUAUGGAAAUGGGACAUCCUGGUUAUACACCACGUGAUAAUAUUACUGUACAUUUAACAUCUUCUGAAAGUCUUGACUAUUUAAAUCGUGCAUUACCCAAUGAUUCAAAUCAAUCUACGAAUAAUAGUAAUAAUAAUAAUACUAAUAGUGAAGAUGAUGAUCAUGAUGAUAAUAUAGAUGAUAGAAAUCAUUUCAAUACAACAAAUUGUGAAUUCUCUUCAUCAAAUAAUAACUUAUCUAUGUCACAAGAAUCAUAACAUUGAAUAGUGAACACCUUCAAUUCUAUUGUCUUCCAUUACAAUGCAUACAAUUCACUUCAUUCCAUUCGAACCAUUGAACCAUUGAACAUUGAAUCAAAGGCGACCAUUUGAAUCCGGUGAAUUUAAAUUCAAUUCAACUUAUUCAUAUUUUAUUUCUCUGUAAAUAUGAGACAAUUUCUUAUUUGGUUUUUUGAUAAAAAAUUAUUAUUAGCUAUACGAUAUUCCUGUUGUUGUUUUUUUGUUUUAAAGAAAAAAUGUGGAACGAUUUUUAAAAAUUGGUUCAAGGUCAUUCCAGGGCGGUAUAUUUGUAAGCAGAAAAAAAAACAAACGGCGAACAUGUACAUUUUAUUUGAUUAAUUCAUUAACUUUUUGUUUGUUUUUUUGUAUACCAUGACACUGAUAAUUUUCUGUAAAGUUUUUUCAUAUCCUUUUUUUUACUAUACUACUGAAAAAUAAUAAUAAUUUAAUAUAUACAUAUUAAAA